ACAGCUGUUACAUCCUUGUUCGAACUCAUCAGUAGCGUGUACUACUUUUUUGCACUUAUCGGCAGUCGAAUCAUAAAUGUAUGGGUUGCCUGUUUCGCCGUGUGCAUGUGCCCAUUUCUGUUCUUCCAUGUCACUCGGUCACGAUGGCUGCAAAUAUCCACGACCGCUAUUCGCUGGAUAUCUUUCCUGCUCAUGUUGUGCUUGGCCGUUGAUCACCACACACUCACACUGCUAAAUGCGAGCCAUGCUUGGAACCCGGCUGUGCAUCCGCUGAUGUUCGAACCAAAUGGCAUUCCCAAUAUGUUUGGCGUCUGUGUGUACGUAUUCAUGUGCCAUCAUUCGAUCCCGGGUACAGUGACUCCGAUCCGGAACAAGCGCCGCAUCAUGAUUCGUCUUUUUCUCCCUCUAUUUUUCUCUGUGUUUGCAUUUAAUAUGCUUCUUUCGGGCACUGCGGUGGCCGCGUUCAACGAGAUCAAAGAUCUGUACACGCUGAACUUCGUCCCGAACGAACAGGCAAGCAAAACGUUUCGCAUUCCGUUCGUAUUGGCUCAAAUUUUCGGCUACUUUCUCGCAUUGUUCCCAGUUUUCGCACUGAGCUCCACAUUUCCGAUCUUGGGUUGUACUUUGUUGGGCAAUCUGUCCACAUUGUGUAACAUGUUCCCGGUUUGUCAUAGCCCAAAGGCACGGCACAUACUACGCUUUACUCUGCCGUUCAUAGUCCUUUUCCCCCCUAUCAUCAUUGCACUGUUAACUGAUGAUAUUGGAUUCUUGGUAGGAUUUACUGGCGCGUUUGCCGGGACCGGGAUACAAUAUGUUAUUCCUGCCGUUUUGGUGUAUAAAGCGCGACGGUACAUGUCCGAGCCGGUAACCGAAAAACUCGAGUCCUAUUCAUCUGGGAUGGAUGAUAAGCAAAUGCUAUGCCCUUCCGACGAAGUGCAAACACGGACCGCAACUUCUCGAUCUCGCCUAUCUGGCUGCUUCUCAGCGCUGUGGAAAACGCCCUGGAAAAAAGUCAACUCACCUCACGCCUCCCCAUUCCAGCACGUCCUGUGGAUUGUUGGACUGAUGAUUUGGUCCGUAGUCUGCCUUGUCAUAGUUUUGGUGGAUAAAAUUCAUCCUCUGUGA